CAAUGCUGACACUGCCCAAGUCGUGAGAAGGAAAGGCCUAUUCAAAAUGACAGAAGUCAGGGUUUGACAGGCGCCAGCUUCGGUCCCGCCUGCACGCUUGUAUGUAGAAGGUACCAUAGAGCUUGAAAAAUGGAGGCCUCGCCGGGACCAUCUUCGGCGACGGGUGCAGCGGGGACUCGGACCAGCGGUCGUGCGCGCAAGCCCCGCGGCGAGUUCUGGAUGAAUGCGGACGGCAACAAGUCACAGUCAAAGCUGCUUCUGGACUUCCCAGAGCUCAGCGAGCGCAAGCAGGGCACGGGGACCUGUGCUCCAAAGUCGCAAGGCAAAGGCAGCACUGGUCGGCACGGUACGGGGCCGACAAGCGAGCUGAAGUCCCCAGUCUCCGCGAAGCCUGGGCGCCCACGGCGCCUGUCCGCUGCCCUUGCCGCGCUCGCGCAGCCGGACGACCAGGAGCCUCGCAGCACAGGGCCUGGGGAGGACCGGGAGACACCUUUGCAGCGUGGUUCUGGGGGGACUCCAGAGCGGCCGCGGCAGUCGCACAAGGCGUACGAGCUCUCGUCGCCGGGCCAGUCGCCGGCAGCGGUAGCACGCAGGCCGGCAACCCGGUCGACUCCAGCCAAAGAGCCUGUGCCCGACAGCGCGGCCGCAACCCACUCGGACCUUGCAGCUGCAGCUCCAAAGAGCGCCGCCCACAAGCUCAGAGUGAGCAGCGCCGACGGCACAGGCGUGGCUGCUGCGGUUCCGACCGUGCCAGCAGCCGCGGCGGCUGCGGUGAUUGCGCCGGCCGUUACAAGCCCCCGAAAGAAGGCGUCUGCAAAGGAGCUGCAAAUGCUGGGUAGCAUAAAUGUGAUCCGCUUUGUUGUAGACGAGGGCGAGGCUGGCAAGCGCGCCACUCGCGCACGCGGUGUCGCAGCACCGGUGCCAACGGGGCACGCAGCUGCUGUGACAGCCAGCACUGCGACAGCGGCAACAGGGGCGGUGCGCCAGGCAGUGCUCAACGGCGGCACCGCAACCAGCAAGGCUGCGCGAGAGCCCGAAGCGCGGGCGCGCGUGGCGGUGCCUGCCGCUACUGCUGCUGCCGGUGCCGGUGGUAUGGGCGAUUGCGCCGCAGUGGUUGCAGUGAUGGGCCUGGGUGUAGACGAGGACGGCGGAGCGCCGCAAGGGAGUCCGCCGGCGCCUGACUUACAGCGCACGUCUGCACGUCACGGCGCCGGCAGAGGCACAGCAGGGGCCGCUGCAGGUGGAUCGUCCCGCGCCGGUUCUGCGCGUGGCCGCAGCAGCAGCGGCAAGGCAAAGUCCGCCGGCGGCACCGUUGUCGGCUCCGGGAAACAGCAAGGCCCGUCGGGCAGCGCCCCGCAGCCAGCGCUGGGAGCGAGGCCCGCCGCUGCUGCAGCACCAGCACCUGCUGUGCAACCGGAGGCGGACCAGGACGAGGAGGCCGCAAGGCCACGCAAGCGCUCGCGCAAGGGCGGCCGCACGGACGUAACCCACGCGGCGGCUCCGAUGCCGCAGCCUGCGCCGCAACCUGCUGUUGCUGCCUCAACUGGGGCCGGCGCGGCGGGUGUUGCGCCACAUGCCGCGGAGGGGCCCAGUCGUUCGCUCUCGCGGCGAUCGGGGCGGGCAGCUGGCCCAAGCGUCGCAACGGCUUCAGUGCAGCCGCCACCAGCUACAGCCGACAGGCCUGUGUCAAUGGUCGCUGCUACUGCCACAACCGCCACCGUCAUGACUGCUGGAGCUGGCGGCGAUGACGCCGGUCAGGGGAUGGCAGGAGAUGCAGGCGGGAGCAAGGCACGGAGCGAGCGCGAUGGGAAAGGCAGCAAGGGCACCAAGCGCCGGCGGGGACAGAACGGCUCAGUAGCAACUAAUGCCAGCGCAGAGGGCGCGGCUGCCGCCACGGCUUCACAGCAAGUGCAGCAGCAGGGCUCGCAGCAGCUUGGCAAGGAGGUAUCACAGCUGCCGCCGCCGCAGGAGCUGCGGCAGGGGCGACAGGAGCGCCCGGCGGCGUCCGAGGCUGGCACGGAUUCGGCAGCGACGAAGAACCGCGUGAAAGCUGGGAGCAAGGGGAAGGAGAUGGCUGCGGAGGAGAAGCAGGCAGUAACAGCAGCAGACAUCAGCAAGCGUGCUGAAGCGCCGCCGUGUGUGCCAGCUGAGUGCUCGCUCGAGCAGCAACUGCAGGCGCAACCGCAGGCGCAGCCGGAGGCAGUAGGCGAGGAUGGACUCGCAGCAGCGGCGGCUGACGGGCACACGGGCGCAGAUGAGGCGGACGGGGGCUGGUCUGGUGCCAUGCAGGCGGCGCUGGUGGCCGCGUCCGCGGCGGCCUCGGCAGCCAAGGCUGCAGCGGCUGUGUGUGGCGCCCGCUCGGUGUCCCCCACUGCGUCGGUCGCGCAGUCCUCUGCUGGCGAAGACGCGUGGCAGCGCCGUGGUUCCGGGGCGCCCCGGCAUACGUCCCCUGGCGAAGCCGCAGUAGCCGCAGCCGCAGCCCAAGCCGCUGCACCCGGCGGCACGCUGCCGCCGCCCCGUCGGGCACCUCCGCCGGUGCCGCGCUUCCACGACCUGCCACCACAGUCAGCCUGGCAGCCGCCGCUGGCGGCAACGGAGGCCGCGGGUGGCUCGGACCGACCAUUGAGUCGCGGUGCUGCGCGCGCUCCUGCAGCGGUCGGCACUGCCGCCUCGGGUGCGGGCGGCUGGGUGGGCGGCGUGGACAUGCCGGAUAGGAUGCCAGGGCGGGAGCGGCCUCCGCAGCAACAGCUGUACCGGACAGCACUGGAGGACCAGGGUGCGGCUGAUGGGGAGGACGGUGCGGGCGGCUUCUUCGUGCGGCGGGGGCACGGCGAGGGCACCGGUGGUGCUGCAGGCCCGCAUGUUGAGGCGGAGGCCUCGGUGACGCCGACUCGACGGCACGGGCUCAGCCCUCGGCGGCAGCCGCCUCUUCAGCCCCGCCAGCCGCCGCCGCUCGGCGGCCCGCAUGUCGCACUCGGCAGGUCACAGCAACAGGACCCCUAUGGGCUGGCGGCGGACUCGGACGAAGCCGGUGAAGAGCAACAGCAGUGGCAUCAGCAGCACCCGCAGCAGCACCCGCAGCAGCACCUGCAGCAGCAGCAGCGGCUAGGUUGUGGCAAUGUUGAUUACUACGGCCACGGCUCAUCAGGCGACGGCGCCGCCCCCCCGCACCAGCACCAGGGUCGCCGCCCGCCACAGCUGCACGGCAGCGACCUGCUGUCGUCGCCUCGCAGGCAAUCCCUGGCCGCUCCGGGCCAGGGCCAGGGCCAGGGCCAGCGUGUGAGUUACCCGCCGCUGCAGCAACGGGGCGCGCAGCAGCGGCAGACUGAUCAGCAGCAGCAGCUCCUCAGUGACUCGCGCCGGUCCUCGCACGCGCACGCGGGCGGCAGCUGGCAGCCGGCAGCGCAUGCGGCUGCAGGUGGCGUUGCCGGCGAUGCCUACUGGGAUGCGCCGGGCGGCAGGGAGCGUGUGGGUGACAGAGCCUUUAGCGACCGGCAGCUUCCCAUGGGUGCACUGUACGGCGCUGGGUACGGCACUGCUGCUGCUGAGCCAAUGGAGGAGGAUCGUGACGAUGGCGGCCACGCGCGCGGCUACCCGCCGAGCAUGAGCACGCGGCUGCAGCCGCGGCAACACGAAGAGGAGCAGCGCCGGCAGCAGCAUGGUGCGGCGGCGGCCGGCGGCCGGGCCGCUGCCCCAGAGCCGGACUGGUUCGUGCGGCGGGCGCCAGGUCGUGUGGGGCCCGGGCAGCCGGAGCGCCGUGCGGAAGCGUACACAGAGCAGCAACACCAACAGCUGCGUUGGGAAGAAUCACGCCCGCAUCCGCAUCACGCUCAGGAGGCCGCUGGUCAGGCAGCGGCGGGUGCUGAGCCGUUCCGGGCGCCCAGGAUGAGGCCUGUGCCGGCGGCGCCGCCGCCCGCGCCGCCGCCGCGCCAGCAGCAACAGCAGCCGCCGCAGCCGCCGCAGCCGCAAGGACAGCAGAAGCACGCGCCAUUGGCGCCCGUGCAGCAGGCCCAGCUCCAGGGUCAGGCCAGGCAGCCGCCGAUUGCGCUGCAACCACCGCGUCAGCACCCGCUGCCGCAGCCGCCAGGUCAAGCGCAUUCGCAGCCGCUUCCACAGCACCCUCCCGCUUUCGCCAUACCGACGCUGCGUGGCCGCGCGCAUCACCAACAACACAGUCAGCAGCAGCAUUCCCAGCCCCAGCAGGAGGCGCGGCCAGCGAUGUCCUCGGGUGCGGCCACGUCCACCGUCGCGAGCGUGUUCUCGGACUCGCUGCGGCGGGCCCUUAGUCGCGCUGACCAGCUGGCCCAGCGCAACAAGACGCGGCACCAGGAGAUUGCUGAGAACGAGGAGGACGGCUGGACGCUGGAGCAGGUGCAAUCGCUGCAGUCCGCCUACUACCGAGUGGAUCCGCUGCAUCCGCACUUUUGGCGCGAGGUGGCGCGCGGCGUGCCCGGCAAGACCGCAGCGGAGUGCUUCUCGCGCGUGUUCGCUUCUGGCCGGGACCGGGAGGAGCGCGCGGCUCUGGCCAAGGCGCUGCGGCGGCGCCCGGCGGCGGCACCGGCCGGGCCCAGCGGCUCCACCAAGCCGCUCACGCUGGCGGCGGCGCGCAAGUGGACGCGGCAGGCGCACGAGCAGGAGCAACUGGAGCGGCUGGCUCACCUGGGUGGCUUGGACCGGGAUGAGGAUGAUGAAGACGACGACGACGACGAGGAAGAGCAGGAGGAGGGCGAGGUGGCCCAGGGCCCGGCGGCGCAUGGCAGGGGGGCCGCCGGCAGUCGCGGGGGCAGGGGCGCCGGAGGCAGCCGGGGGCGCGGCGGCCGGCGGCCGGCACUGGCCAUCCCAGAUGACCCCACGGAGAUGCGACGAAUAAUCGACAACCUGCAGCAAAAGCACCAGGCGGACAGGUUCAUCACGUCUUUCCUGCGAAAGCAAGGCGGCUGGGCCAAGUGGCACAAGGCCGUGCGCGAGGCCCAGGACCGCCGCCUGCGCAGCGUUUCCACCGCAGCCGCAGCGGCCGGCGGCAGCUCCGCCGCCCUUGGCGGCGGCGCCGCCGCCCGUCACGGCCCUGGCGCCGGCGCAGCAGGCGUUGCUGCCGCGGGUGGGCAGCAUGACAGCGACCCUCUGGCACGUGUCAUUCAGCGCAUGCUGGCACGUGACGAGGCUGAGGAGCUGCGCGAGAUGUGGCGUGACGCGGACGAGGCGGAAGGGCUACAGCCGUACGGUGGCGGCGGCGGAGCCGCUGGUGACGGCGGUGGUACGGCAGGAGCUUUGUACGGCGGCGAUGAGGAGGACGAGUACGACGAGGCGCGAGAGCGGGAGGAGGAGGAGAUGCGGCGGUUCUUGGUGGCUGAGGGGCUGUUGGGGCCGGACGGCAUGCCCGUGUUCCGCUGAGGAGUUGGGGAAGCUGAGGGGGGAGGGCAACGACAGGGGAGCAGGGGCAGGGAGCCACCGGCCGAGUGCUGCCUUUUCCGGGCUGCACAGUGUCAUGCGUAAUUGA